UAUAUUAAACGGAAACAUCCUUCACGCAUGUGCAAGAAUUUAGCGUACCGAGCAACAGGGAAAGUUUAGAGAUUCACUUUUAGUUAAAAUGUAUCGUCGAGAGAAACCCCUUGCACUUAAAAGUAGUACUUCAGCACUAGCUAACAAUCUAUCCGCACUGAUAACUCCAGAGAAGGACUCCCUGAAUUAUGCGGUGGUACAUAAAUCCGUGGUCAACAUUAUCUCUUCCACGACUGACGGCUCGUCUGUAACAAACAAGCAGGUGAUAUGCAAAGAACCGGCAGCAACGCACCAGACAACUCCAAUGAUUUUACAGUGUAAGUGGGUACAGUUGCCUGUCAGGACUGUGUUGGUGUUAACAACACUUCGAGGAAUACAGAUAUAUGAAUAUGAUGGAUCAGCUAUGGUGUAUUUCCAUGCCCUGGGCAAUGUUCACAGUUCAGAUGCAUCAGAGUAUGGUAAUUUUGGAAGAGGAAUCACUAGUGUUGGAGAAAACUUCCUGUGUGUGGGAACACAGUUGGGGGAGAUAGCAGUAUUCGAUAUUCCCUCAAAGGGAACCAACGUAAACUCAAAGGACAGUUUAACAGGGCAUAAGCAACCAAUAUGUGACCUUGCUUCAGAAGACAACACGCUAGUCAGUUGUGAUGAACAGGGCACCAUCAUUGUGUGGUCACUACGGGACACGAGUAUUCGACAGCGAGAGAUUAUCAAGGGAACUGGGGAUCCCUGCAGCUGUCUGUGUAUCUGGAAGAACAUUAUCGUAGGAGGAUUUAGUAAUGGCCAGCUAAGGUUAUACAGCGCUAAUACAGGAAGAUUGGCAGCUGCAGUCAAUGCCCAUGUACGCUGGGUCAACGCCCUAGACAUAGCUAAAGAUAGCGGACUGCUGCUGUCAGUGAGUGAUGACACACAUGCUAGGGUCUGGAAACUGAAGCCAGGAGACAAUCCUGAGAUUGAGCAUUGUUUUGGCGAGAGUGUGACAGACAUGCAGUUAUGUGGCGGACAGUUCGUUCAUAAACAGGGAUGGGGAUUCUGUGUCACUGGUUACGACAGUUCUGACCUUGUAUUCUACAUCAAAAACUAAACUCUGGAACUAAACACUCAGUCACUGACCAAGAAUUAAUGAUAUUGUUUACUUGUGUGCUUUUAAUGGUAAUGUCAGACAAGUGUUGUGUUGAAUUCUGAAUAAAAUGUCAGUAUAGUUGUAUAGAUCAGACAUUAAAGAUCAUACCUUUAUAUAGUACUUGCCAACUUCCUGGCACCUCUAAGACAUACUUUAUAGGCAUUCUUUUGACAAACUUAUACAUUGUACCUUAAACUAUAUUUUUAAACUGCGUUUUUCCACUCCUCUACCAUUUGGUGCCUGUGACCAAACCUUGUUUCUAGUGAAGGGAAUACUUGUUAAUGGGAAACCCAAACCUGGAUUGUGAGUUGUUUAUAGGUCUUUGGAGUUGAAGACUUAAAAAGGGAGGGAAGAGUGUAGCAGAACUUUUGAUCAUCGGCGACCAGGUAGCUCAAUUAGUAGAUCUAGUGUUCAGAGGUCCCGCAGGUUCGAACACCCGUUUGGCCGUGCAUUUUCCCAUCCUCUUACAAACCUUCCAAAAGACAAAUAGCUAAUUAUAAUAGUUAACCUGAUACGUCAUGUCUAAAUUUAGGGUCACAAAUCAGGUUUGGUUUUGUAUUGUUUAAUGUCCUAUCAACAGUUAAGGUCAUUGAGGACGGCCUUCCCUGUGUAUUGUGUAACGUCUUAUCAACAGUUAAGGUCAUUGAGGACGGCCUUCCCUGUGUAUUGUGUAACGUCCUAUCGACAGCUAUAGUCAUUUAUUGACAUGCGUGUCCUUCCUAAAGAGGAAGAGCUGGCAAGUACAGCUUAAAGUGGCAUACAAUUUCUUUUAAUCAAUAGGUUGAUUGUAUAUGAAAUUUAUCUAUUUCGUCUCUGUAUAAAAGAAUAAACACAAUGAUUGUGAAUGGUGCAGAUCCUGGUCUGUUUUGAGAUAUGAAUAUGGCUUGUACUUUGUUGUAACAUUUGAAAAGCAUGUAUUUUGUUGGAUAGCUGUGAUUUCGUAUUUUACCAAUGUGCAAUUUGUACUUAAAAUGACUAUGCUUUUAUGACAGAGAGAUGAUGUGGUAGAUUUUUUGUGUUCACGGGAUACAUGUCUGCUCCCCUUGUUUAGUUUUGGAGAGAAAUCAUGCAUUUGUUAAGGGCUUUUGUACCUACAUGUACAGUAUAUUGUAUACAUUUUCUUGAAAACAGUCUUCGAAGAUCUUUUUCUCGUGAUAUUAAUGCUAUUACUCAUUAGUAAUACUAUUUCAUUUAAAAUUAUUAUUAUUGUGCUUGUAAUAGACAAAGGAAGUGCUACAAUAUAUUUUUACAAAUAUACGUAAAAAAAUCCCUUAAAGGGGCAUUGCUUCGUUUGAAUAAAGUUUAGGUCAUCAAAAUUAAACUUACUGAAAAAUAUGUAUUUUUUCCAAGUAGUUAAAGUUGUAAUUUUUACAUUAAUAUGGCAGUUUUACUCUCAAGAUAAACCAAAGUUAUUCGAGUAUUAAGUCCUGAAAAUUCUUAAUUCGACCUGAAGUAUCACUAAUUACCGCAAAGACAUACAGAAUUUGUAUACAAUACACCUUUUUCCUGUACAUUUCGGCGUUAAUUUCAUUACAUAUAGGCAAAAACACUCCUAUAAUCAUUGUUCGGAUAUAGAUUUCAUCAAUAGAAAUUGUGCACGUUUCUGAUGUCUGAACGAAGGAAUGCCCUCUAAAGUAUUUUUAUGAUCUAUGUUAUGCCCUGAAGCAACAUAUCUUUACUUGAAACAUAUCAGAUAUUGGAAAUAGUACUGUUAGGUAUAUUUUACAGGGAAUCCGUCCAUACAUGCAUAUUCAUCAUGUGUAUAAUAUUCUUGUUCACUCAGACUCUUGCUAUGAAUGUAUUAGGUAUUAAUGCAAGCGUCUGGUUGAAUGAGACUACUAGACAAUGGAAACUUUUGUGAUGCAGUGCUACAAGGACAGGAUGUUGAGUUGACCAUAUUUUUGCAGCAAUAAGCCUGAAUCACUGCCUUGUCUGCCCAAAGUACUUAUUGCAGGAUAAAUAUGGUAUGUUGUUUACAUGAUGAAGUCCCUUUUAUAAACAUAGGGACAUUUAGGCUUUUUUUUUUACAUGGUAGAAUGGAUCAAUUAUAUAUCCACCAUUCUCCAUAAAAAAGUUAAAAUCUAAAAUAUUUAAUGUAAAAACUAUGUAAUGUAUUAACUCUAAAACACAAGUGUAUAUUAUAUUAAAAAUAGACUCAACUUCAUUAUACAGCUUUAUAUAAAUGAGAUUACCUAUAUGUUAAUGAUAUACAAAAUGUAUUGUAUUUUAAAGAAUAUGUAUCUUGUUUUUGUCCUGGCGAUAUAGUACAAGCCAGACAAGAUUUGAUUUAAGGCUACAUUGUAGAUGUAGCGAGAUGAACUUUGACCUAACUUUUAAAUUCUUAACUGGCUGUGGUUUUUUAUGAUGGUAUGGGACGUUUGUUAAAUGUGUCCAAGGAAAAUCUAAUACAGCUGUGAGCAGAAGUAUGGUAUUGAAAUUAAUAGUUAAAAUAGUUUAUGAACUCUCUACAUAUAUAUAUGAUUAUACACUGUUUCAACACGUUGUACCGUGUAUACUGUGUUGAGGAUCUUUCAUAUCUAUGUUUAUAGUAUAAAGACAUGUAGAUACCUAUUCCUUUGAGGAUUUAUAGAUCUGACAUGUCCAUAUAUAACUUAUAAGAAAUGCAGUUUAUUAUAAAACAUUUUUAUACAUUAUUAUGUAGAGAGGAUUUUUUCUUGGUUAUGUAACAAAACUUAUGAAUUCAAUACAUCUAUUAUUAACUUGCCUUGCACUUCCUGCAAAAAGUAUCUAAAUAUUCAGCUAACUUGUAAAUUGUAGAAAAUCUCAAAAAGAAAAAUCCUUUCUAUAUCUUAGUACGUUGUAGUACCUGUUUCCGGUUUUAAUACAAGGGCAAUUUUAAUGUGAUCGUUGUAGCUUACUGAAGAUAAGACUGGUGACGAGAUAGUUGGUGUCUAGAGUAGCUUAAUGAAGAUAAGACUGGUGACGAGAUAGUUGGUGUCUAGAGUAGCUUAAUGAAGAUAAGACUGGUGACGAGAUAGUUGGUGUCUAGUGUUAGAGUAGCUUAAUGAAGAUAAGACUGGUGACGAGAUAGUUGGUGUCUAGUGUAGCUUAAUGAAGAUAAGACUGGUGACAAGAUAGUUGGUGUCCAGUGGAAAUGUCCACACGUGAAAGUAUGAGUUUAACUGUACAUUGUAAGGCGUUUGGAAAUCUAUCAUGUUUUAUAACUGAAGUUUUCUGCUCCUUCAUUAACGUUCAAAUAAAGUUACAAUGACUUGUA